AUGGCGGCGGGGUGGGCGGGCAGCGUGCUGCUCUACGCCGGGCUCACCGCGGCCGGGGACGCGGCGCAGCGGCGGGGCCGCGGGCAGCCCCCGGACUGGGCGCAGACGCGGCGGGUGGCGCUGCUGGCCCUCACCUUCCACGGCAACCUCAACUACGUGUGGCUGCGGGCGCUGGAGAGGGCGCUGCCCGGCCGCCGCCCGGCCGCCGUGCUGGGCAAGGUGCUGUGCGACCAGCUGCUCGCCGCCCCGGUCGCCGUUGGUGCCUUCUACACGGGUAUGAGCAUCCUUCAGAGGAAAGAGGACAUCUUUUCAGACUGUAAAAAGAAAUUUUGGAAUACCUAUAAGACAGGACUGAUGUACUGGCCUUUUGUGCAGCUGUCAAACUUCGUUUUUGUCCCCGUUUACCUGCGCACAGCUUACACUGGGCUUUGUGGCUUUGUCUGGGCUGCCUUCAUUUGUUUUUCCCAAGAGAGUGGAGAUGGCACGGUAAAGUCAGCAUUUAUGUGGCUCCAAAGAGAGAAGGUCAAUGCAGAUGAAGAACCAUCACAGAAAUAAGAACUUCAGUUCUGAACCCAUUCUAAAUCUAAAGUGAGCUUAUGAAAGUCAGUAAACUGCGCUGCAGUUUCAUUGCUGUGUUUAGAAUAAUCAUCUCAACAUUUUUUGGUUAGUAUAAGCAGUGGAACAGUUUGUCUUUUUGCCUGUUUAUUUUUUAUAAAAUAGGCCAAUUGUUUAUUGGCACUGAAUUAUUUUCAUGCUGCGAGCCCAUCUCUUCUGGGAACAGCUGACUUACAGGGCAGCAUAAGCAUUUGCACAUCAUGUCAGACUGUCUCACUGGGGAGAAAUAUUAACUGUAAUUUAAUUUUCAAGCAACUUGUAGUCCCUAGAAAAAAGGGAAUAGAACAUUAAAUCCUCAACUGUUGUAUUUGACAAUUGUUAUCAGUGCAAGAUUGCUUUUGCAGAACAAAAUUUAAUAGAUUUCUUAUCUAAACAGUGGCGACAACUCUAUUUUAUUCAGAGAAAAAAAAAAGACUAUUUGUAGAAAUAUAUUCGUGUUCCUUUUGUCUUAACUGGGAGAACAAUUGAGUUUGGACAACACUCUCAGCCACAUGGUCUGAUUUUUGGGUGGCCCGGUGCAGACUCAGAAGUUGGACUCAGUGAUCCUUGUGGGUCCCUUCAACUCAGGAUAUUCUAUGAUUCUAUGAUUCUGUUCAUAGGAGACACUGUCAUAUAGUAACUAUACAUAGGAAACUAGGAAAUGGUGAAAAUCAGUUAUAGACUUAUUUUGUCAACUGAGGACCAGGUCUGGAUGCAGGUAGGGAUAAUAAGGGAGUCCUUAGUUUAUUAAAACGACAUUUUACGCCUUAAAUUUUAAGCUUGAAACAGUAUCUGAUUAAACCUAUCUUGAUGAUGAUUGUAAGGACAAGAAUUAACCCUCCUUGUUGUGAUGAUAAUAACCACUUUGAGGAAUGUCUAAGUUCCUCAGUCUUACCUAAACAGUAAACCAAUGCCUCCUUAGGCUAUAAAUGUACGCUCCUUUAGCCAGCAGCUGUACUACUUAAUAUAUUGGUUACAAUAGUUUGUCACUGCAGGAGCCCAGUGCUACUUAGGGCAGACAGGGAAAGGGAUCACGCAAGCACUGCCCAAUCUAUUCCAGGUAAAAUCAAGUUUAGCAGAACCCAUUAGUCAAGAGUGGUGCAAAGUACCUGUGUGGCCUUGACUACAGAACUACAGUGUAUUGGAGGAGGUGUGUGUGGGGGGGCUUUUUCUACAGUCCGUUUUGGUGACAGACAGGUGAAAGAGGUAGCUUCCUUCUCGACAGAGAAUUCAGUGCAAUUCCAUCAUCACCUGGCACAGGCAGACCUGGAAGAGGGAACCUGCACCUGCCUUAAAUAAUUAAUUUUAAUUGACUUUAGACAUCUGUAGUGUGGACAUCUGCAACUUGGCUAAAUACUUUAAGCUCUACUUAUAGUCAGU